AAAGAUCGCUUACUAACAGUAAAUAGCGGAUGUUGAUCGCUUCCGCGAAGUAAGCCAGCAUAUGCAUGCUAUUUAGUUACGUUAUUUAUUCGAUAUUAUAGCAAUUUCCGCGAAAAUCGAAUGUCAGCAUUCAAACAGUGACGUCACCCAAGGCCUGCACAAUGGAAGAUAAGGCAUCGUUGAAAGAAUUGGACCAAUGGAUAGAACAAUUAAAUGAAUGCAAACAACUGACAGAAAGUCAAGUAAAAACUCUCUGCGAAAAGGCGAAAGAAAUAUUGACAACAGAGUCCAAUGUUCAAGAAGUGAAAUGCCCAGUGACUGUUUGUGGCGAUGUCCAUGGACAGUUCCACGACUUGAUGGAACUGUUUCGAAUAGGUGGCCGCUCUCCAGACACAAAUUAUCUUUUCAUGGGAGAUUAUGUUGAUCGUGGCUAUUACUCCGUGGAGACAGUGACACUUUUAGUUGCUUUGAAGGUUCGUUAUCGAGAAAGAAUAACUAUUCUUCGCGGCAAUCAUGAAUCACGGCAAAUUACGCAAGUUUAUGGCUUUUAUGAUGAGUGUUUGCGCAAGUAUGGUAAUGCUAAUGUGUGGAAAUUCUUCACGGAUUUGUUUGAUUACCUGCCUUUGACAGCCCUUGUUGAUGGGCAGAUUUUUUGUCUGCAUGGUGGCCUUUCACCAUCAAUUGAUACGCUUGAUCAUAUACGGGCACUUGAUCGCCUUCAGGAAGUUCCACAUGAGGGUCCAAUGUGCGACUUGCUUUGGUCUGAUCCGGAUGACAGAGGUGGUUGGGGCAUAUCACCUCGUGGAGCCGGUUACACCUUCGGACAGGAUAUUUCGGAGACAUUCAAUCACUCAAAUGGCCUGACACUGGUGUCUCGUGCACAUCAACUUGUAAUGGAAGGCUAUAACUGGUGUCACGAUCGCAAUGUUGUUACAAUCUUCUCUGCUCCAAAUUACUGUUAUCGUUGCGGGAAUCAAGCUGCUAUAAUGGAACUGGAUGAUGCUCUCAAGUACUCGUUCCUGCAGUUUGACCCAGCUCCGAGACGUGGAGAGCCUCAUGUCACACGGCGGACACCAGAUUACUUCCUCUAGGUUGCUGCUAUUGCUGCUGUUGCACUUCACCUCAUCCAGUCACAUACAUUACAUACAUACAUACCAUAUUAUAUAUACAUAUAUAAAUAAAUACUGUGCGUGUCCCUGGUGGUACAGUAAAAUCUCGUUACUGCAUGGUGUUCCUGAUUAUUUUUCUCCUGUUCCUUCUGUGUGAAUAUUUCGUAUUGGAAGUGUGUGGACUAGGAAUUCCUGUUAGGUCUCCACCUUUCCUUUCCACUGCAUUUUUCCACAGUCGACUCUUCUGGUGAAGUAGGAGUGACGGACUUGUUAAGAGAUGCUGUAACGAGAUCAUACUGUGCUGUUGCAAUUACAGAGGCUCUAUUAUGUUGAUGUGCCUCUUUUGAACCAUGCUGGAAGGAGGGGGCCAUCUGCAUAGCAUUGUAGGAUUGUACCUAUUCGUCUCCAGUAGCAAAAUAUGACUGGUAAAUAAUACGUGAGUUUGCUGCUGUGUUCAUUCUGAGCAACCUGGAGAGUCGCCCAUGGCUGAGGGAUGUCUUGCGGAAUGCUGAUUUCCCUGCCUGUCUGAUGUGUUUUAGGAGUAGUCCUUCUAAGUGGACACACAUUCUUUUGUUUUCUACAAACUUUCCAUGUAUUGAUUGUAUUGUAAACUGAACGCUGUGUUGCGUAUUGUAUUAUUAGUUAUUAUGACUCGUAAGAGUUAUCUAUCUUUUUAAAAUUGCAUAAUGAUGCAUAAUAAAUCUAUUGUAUUUGCACAGUGUCUUGAUCACAUCAACUCCCCUUGCCCUAGGCCUUUCUUCUUGAGAAUACAGCCUGUUUAAAUAAUUUUGACAGUAUUUUAAAUAAUUCUCAUCCAGACUGUUCACAUUACAGUUUUUAUUGUUAUAUACAAGAGGCUGUAAGUAUUACCUGCCUUGAAGGAAUUUAAUGAUUUUUUUCUGUCCUUGACUCAGUUUUCCUACUUUAUUGUUUACUUUUGUAAAAAUAAUUAAUUAUCCUCAUGUAAGAACUCAUAUUUUUAUAAUUUUGUUUUAAUUUAUCAUUUUAUUAAUUGGCAAGGCAGAGUCUUCUCUGCUGAGAAUGUUAUAAAUGUUUAUAAAAUAUGCUGAAAACUGUAAACUUAUGUUUCCUUUACUCAAAGCAAUAUCUUUUCUACUUCUUCACUUCGUCUGUCAAAUUUUCAUUCAUGUGGUAUAUUUUAUUCUGCAGCACUAGUUUUGCACUUUGUCACAGUCAGUAUCCAGUGUGGUAAAUGCUGACAUGCUAUUCCAAAAUGUUUUCUGACUUUGAGAAUUCCUAUGUUUCCAUUUCUUUGUAUUAUUUUAUUGAAAUACUAUGUGAAUUUUGAUUAAGAAUACUAUUUUUUGCUUUGGCAGUUCUAACCUGUUAGUCAUCGUGUACCAAAACCCAGAAUGAACAUGUUGAUGAGAAUGGGAAUGUAUGUUUUGAAGCAUGUUUCGUAUUUGUUCCUAAUAGACUCACCCUGUAAGUUCCUUGAACUGCCAUGUUACUGUAAUGUGACCUUUUAGGAGAGUAAUUCUGGUUCAUAGAUAAUUUGUAAGUAGGUAAAGAGAUUAUAGGAAAUAAAUUGUGAAAUUCUUAUUAGAAGGGCACAGUUGAUGUAUUCUGCUCACUGAAUGCUUGCUUUGCUGUUGAAAAUUCACACGUUGUCUUAAUCUAUCCAUCGAUGUGGCAAUACCAUUUCAUAUAUGGAAAAUUGAUGUGAUCUGUUGGGAGUUACUGAUCUUCACUCCCUCUGCAAUUUUUGUUAUUUGUUGUUUUCCAUUUCUCAUUUAACAUUGUUAUGAAGCAUACCGUAUGAUUACCUGUUGCACAGCUUCUCAAACCGUUUAAAUUAUCACUAUGGUUGUUGCUUGCACUUCCUUUGAUUUUUAUUUCCUUCAUAUCUCUUCUUUUUCUGCAUCUGCUGUGCUUAUUAGUGUUCGCAAGUGAGCCAUACAGUGGAGUAACAAAUAUGGGCUGAUGUGUGAUAAUAGCCAUUCUGACCUUAUAUGUAUUUGAGCAUCAUGCACGAGUGGUGUAACUUGCAUGGAUUUGUUAAAAUGUGACUGCACACUAACAGGUGAUGUGAUAAUUUGUGCAAACAUUAGUUUGCAAAACACAAGCUGAUAUUCACAUGCUUCACAAUAUUUUUGAUGUGGUAUAACCAUGACACCAGUAUCAUAAUUAAACCUCAGUGCAAAUAACAUAAUUUUAGUAACAUAUCAGAAAAUGACUGAUCAGUAUGACACGUAACUUGUAUAGAAAACUAUUGUACAAGGAGAGGCAGCAGUCUUUUCGUAACAUGAAACAUAUUUGAAAUACAAUGUUACAAAAUA